AUCUAUAGCAUAGUGGAAACGGGAUUUUCGUAUUAUUGAAUUUAAGACAAAAGCAACUGAUAGAGAUAAGUAACAAGUAGUAUAUCGUUAUCUGUGAUCUUGUUAAGACCUAGCAACUAAGUAGUUAUUAUUUUAUCUUGUUUGAACAAAGAGUUCUUACUACUUGAUCUUGUAGCUUAUCUAAGGUUAUUGAAAUAAUUCGAGAAUACAUCGCGCAGGUAGUAAGUUUAAUUUAAAUAAUAAUUGUUCUUAUAGGUAAUAAUUUACAUAAAACGGUAAUUUUACAUAAAACGACUGUGAAACAGGAAAAAGUGUUAAUGAGUUUUUAGUUAUUAAAGUUAAUGUUCUUGCUUUCUGCUAGUAUCAUAUAAGGUGCACAAAUAUAGCAAGGACAUCCGAGGUUUGAAUAAAUGGCAGAAGGAGCUGGUCCCAAUUUAGAUGAAGUCUGGAGGAUUUUAGGGCCUUUCGGAAAAUACACUGUUGUGAAUUAUGCCUUCCUGUUAUUUCCAUGUUACUUGGCUGGUAUAUAUGGAUCUGUGUUUAACUUUGAGGCUAUGGAUAUUAACUACAGAUGUGCAAUACCCGAAUGUGAAAAUGAAAACUCAACUUGGAUAGAAUAUGCUAUACCCAAACAGAAUAACAAGUUUGACAAAUGCAGAAGAUAUGAUUAUUUUAAUGAAAGUAACACAUGUGAUCAAUGGUCUUUUAAUCGAUCCUCAAUUAUCAAAUGUAAAGAAUAUAUCUACAGCAAUGAAGAUUCCGUAGUCAAAGAUUUCAACCUCGGCUGUCAAGACUGGAAGAGGACACUAAUAGGUACCAUAUACUGCGCAGGAUUUCUUAUAGCCUUACCAGUAACCGGAGUACUUUCUGAUAAAUAUGGAAGAGUAAAAGCCAUGGCCGUUACUUCUGCUAUGUAUGCUAUAUUUGGAACUAUACGAUCUUUCUCAACUAGUUACGAAAUGCUGAUCGUUUUUGAGUUUUUGGAAACCGCAACAGGAGCAGCGAUGUAUAGCACAGCUUUUGUGUUUGGUAUGGAGCUAGUGCGUCCCGAUGGCAGAGUAUUUGGUAACACCCUGAUGAACUUUGCAUUCAUCCUUGGUUCAAUGUCCCUCUCGCUACUUGCAUGGGUCCUGCAGAAUUGGCGACUAAUGUUGAGAAUCGUAUACGCACCAGCAUUUUUAGUAUUAUCGUACCUAUUUAUUCUAAACGAAAGCCCGCGAUGGCUUCUCAGCAAAGGACGAUGCGAAGAAGCAUUAUCUAUCUUAAAAAAGGCAGAAAAUAUGAACAAAGUAACAAUACCAGAGCAUUUACUGGCAUCAUUAAAAGCAGCAAAGUACGACGAAUCAAGUAUAAAUGACAUGAAAUUUGGAACUGUCUUCACAAAGGUAGUGAAAUCGAGAACAAUGUUGUUAAGACUUGUGCUGUGCUGUUAUUUGUGGAUCACCUGCUCUUUUGCAUACUACGGCCUAUCAAUUAAUUCGGUAUCAUUGGCUGGAAAUAAAUAUUUGAACUAUACCUUUGUGGCCUUUAUAGAGAUACCGGCGAAUAGUUUUUGCUAUGUAGUUUUAACUAAGUAUGGAAGAAAACGGGUGUUGGUGACAAUGUAUGCAUUAGGAGGGAUCUUCUGUAUUGGUCUCACGUUGAUAGCACGUGAUUCUCUUUGGUCUUUAUUCAUCUAUUUAGCAGGAAAAUUCGCAAUAACAGUAGCAUAUAGCACCGUAUAUGUCACGGCCUCUGAGAUCUUCCCAACGAAUGCGAGACAAUCACUUCUUGCUAUAUGUUCCACCACAGGAAGAGCAGGAGCGACAAUGGCGCCAUUGUCUCCAUUACUUGCCCUAUAUAACGACAAUUUGCCAACUAUAAUCUUCGGCAGUCUUGCGUUACUUGCUAGCCUACUAUCGCUAACUAUACCGGAGACAGAUCACGUAACUCUUCCAGACAAUGUAAAAGAGGCCAAGAAGAUUGCUCAAAUAAAGAAGAUUUCGAAAUUAUAGAAAAAGGUAUAAAUUUUAAGAAAUUAAAGGAUGACUUGAAUCUA